CACGAGGUUUUACCGUACUCCAUCAAAACCCGAAGAAGACCAUUUUCCCAGCCGUUCUCUCUUUAAAACAUGGCGGAGUACGACACUGUGCAGAAAAGUGCCCUGAAAAUUAAGGGUUUAGGAAGUAUUUCUUCGGGAAAAAAGAAGAAGAAGAAGGACAAGGAGAGCAAGCGUCGCAUGGAGCAGGUUGUGACCAAUGACAAUGAGGAGGAGGUGAAGGCCACAAAGACAUACAUGGACAAAAGGACGCCUGCUCAGGUCGCUUUUGACAAGAUGCAAGAAAAGAGGCAAAUGGAAAGAAUUUUGAACAAAGCCUCCAAGACUCACAAGCACAGGGUGGAGGACUUUAAUCGCCACCUGGACAACCUGACGGAGCAUUAUGAUAUUCCCAAAGUCAGCUGGACCAAAUAAAUCUUUUUUUUUCCUAAUGCUUUAUUUUGGAAGGUUAUAUUGUGCUUGUGUCAUGUAUUAAACGUUGCUGACAUCAGUUUUUGAUAUGAAAGAAUUAGGGAAGAUGGUCUUGCUUUUUUAAUAGAUAAACCACAGCACAUGAUGGCAAACCCAAUAAAUGGU